AUGGCUUCUGGAUUCGGUGCCGCCCAGUCGUACUGGGAAUCCUUAUCGGCGCGAGGCCCAAGUGGAGUCACUGAUGACUACUUAUUCAAGACACUUGUCUCAAUCGGUAUCUUUCGAUGCCCCCAUUAUGUGGUUGUGUCGUCUGAAGACUACAACAGAGGAGCUUCUGAGCGGCAACGUAGACCAGGCCGCUCUGCAGCAGGCCAACGCGCAGAACAUAGAGCAGCCAUUCUUCCCCCCGGACCAAGGACGCCGGCCGGCGAGGCCAGGAACCCCAUCCAGCCCCGGGAGCCUGAUCAAGCAGUGAAGGAGUGUCCCCAGAAGGUACAAAAUGCGGCUGUCCCACUGACAUGCACCUCGCCAGAUGCAGCGCCCGUUUCUCUAGCAAGUGUCAUCCA